GGAGUGAAUAUGGUUGUUAACAAGGCAGUAACCCGUGUAAGGCUUUGACUGAGACUUGUCAUUAUCAUGUUUCCAGAACUCAAUGAUCAAGAAACAUCAUGAUGGCUGAAGAGAUCGUGAAAAUUGAGGAAAUAUCACAACUUACAGAUGAGAAAUUAAAGGAGGCCCUUGAACACCUGCUGGGCAAACCUGUAGGACCAAUAACUUCAUCAAACAGAGAAUUACAUGAACACAUUUUGAAAAGAAGGCUUGAAGGGAAUACUGCUGAGACAUCAGAUAACAAUGCUGGUGGUGGUACUGUUGCAUCAGGGAGGAGUCAGAAGGUAUUCCCAGAAGAAAGUGAUGGUUCACUAGCAUCUGUCCAGCACAAUUUGGAGGUCUCUAUGUUUUUUGGUGUCUUCUUGCCAGAGGCUGUGGAUGUUACUAAUGACCCAGAUAUUCAAAAAGUGUACAUAGACAAAACAGCAUGCUUAUCUGUGAUGAAAAAGUCCCGUGGUUCGCGCUUCAAAGCAUUUAGAACGUAUGAGGAAGCACUGGGGUUUGCAGAAAAUGGCCCCACAGUAGUGGUGUCACAGUGUGCUGCUGCUGCUGCUGCUGGAGAAGUUGCAGGGUCCUCCACUAGCAUAAGUGCAGAGAAGCCAAGUCCUUACCGUGGGCCAAAGUCACAAGACCUAGUCAAGUUCCGAAAAUCAAUCGAAAAGGGUGAUGCAGGAUACUUCAAUCAGUGUAUAGAUGAGAAUCCAAGAUACUUAGUCAGUAGCGGGGACACUCCAGCAAUUCUUCAGGAAGGGUUCCGUUAUAAUGCUCUCCACAUGGCCUGUCGGACCAACAAACCUAAGUUUGUUGCAAAGGUGCUGACCACAGUUGCACGAGCUGAAUUUUUCCAGAAACUAUACCCAGAUGAUAUUCUUGAAAGUUCUGAAAGACGCAGCACCUUCCUGUUGGAUCUGUAUCUCAACACUCCUGACAAGGGACUAAAUGAGACACCUUUACACUUUGCCAGCAAAUAUGGCAGUGUGGAUUGUGUCCGAGAACUAACUUCUUAUGCUGCGUGUGACAAGUACAGGAACAACAAGUUUGCUCAGAAGCCAAUUGAUAUUGUUUGCUCAAGAAUGAAAGAGAGCAAUCCUAAAGUGGCCAGAGAGAUCUGUGACUUGCUUGGGGAACAGUAUUAUGUGCCUCUGCUGCGAGAUGAUGACCUUUGUCUUCUGCCUCAAGUGGGUAACCCAUGGUCCCCAAAUUUUGACUCUCCAACAAGCCCUGUCACCAAAGACCAGUUGCUUAUGACUUACCAUAGUCCUGUCAGCCCUGCCAGUCCCAUAAGUCCAUCAUUUAAGGUGCGUGGAUUUGCUGGUCCAAUGAGUCCUACACAAGCAGAGGUGUUUCAUCGCCUCUGGAAAAGCAAUGUCACAUCAUCACCUACACGACACUCAAAGGAUCGAAUAGCAUCCCUUCGAUUGACUGAUCAAGAAAAGGGUUUGGAAAGGGUGGGCAGAGAAUUGGCAGCUGAAAGAGGAAUUACUUGGAAGGAGUACUGGGAUUUCUUAGGUGAAUUUACUAACCUUUCCACCGAUGAUGGACUUGCCAAGCUGGAAUCUUUCCUGAAAGAAAAGUACAAGCAGUUCAUGUUGGAAAGAGGAGCUUUGGAUGCUAGUGAUUUAGCCAACAGAUUAGGUGUGGAGCAUAAACUUCAUGAAGACACCAAUGAAACUAAUCAUGAAAUACAAGAUGAUUGUAAUGAUGCAGAGCUGAAUGUUUCGGGUUUAAGUAAAUCAAGUAGAAGUACCAUGAGUGAACUGUGUCAAGAAUUGGAAGCAUUGAGACUUAAUGCUUCACUAUCGCCUCAGCGUGAUACAGCUGAUCCAGAUAUCAUUAGUGCUAGCAGCAAAUUCCUUGAGUCUUGUAGACCCAAAGAAGGUAAACCUGUCAGUGGACAAAAUGAAGUGAGGAAGACAGAGGUGGAACAGGAGGCUGCUGCACGACAACUCUCAUAUAUAAUAAAAUCUGUUGAUGUUGCUGCACAUCGUAUGGCUGAGAUUAUGGGAGAUCUGGCGAAGGAUCUUCAGUCAAGCACUGUUGCUAAUUUAUCUGUAACUAAAACUGUUCGAACUAAGCUUAGGCCAGAAAUUCUGUGUUUGAAGAAUGUUAUCAGUAGGUGCUGCACAAAAGAACUUCAAAAUAAUAUGGAGUUUGGGUUUAUUCAUAUGCUUUUAGCAUCUAAAGUUACAGAAUUUCUUCAGGAAAAUUUGAUGCCUUCUGAUAUAUGUGUGUUAGCAGAAACAAUGAAAAUCUUUGUGUCUCAUUUGAACUUUAUACAGUUAAAUUCCUCUGAUGAAGAAGGUAGCACAAAGCCAGAAAUGAAUGAUAUAGAUAAACAAAAUGAUGCACAUCAUUGUACAUGUGUGUUGCAGUGUUUUGAAAAAGCAUUGAAUAUUAUUUAUAAUAACUGUAGUACAGACUUAACUGUAAAAGAUAAUGAAAAUAACAUGAAACUGUGUUUAAUGCAAUUAGGUGAAUGUACUUGUCACUGGAACACCAGUACAGAUAUUACACAUUCAGACAAUUUUAGAUCUACACCGGUUAGUACCACAAAGUAUGCAAAAGCCUUUCAUUUCCUUCAUCAAUCUUUGUUUAAGGAAAAUAGAAAAGAUGUGAAGAAUAUUAAAACUGAUAAUAGUAUUAUCAAGAAGUUGUCAUUUACUGAGGAUGGAGAGGAUGAGGAAGUAAUCGCAACUACUUUGAUUGUGAAAGAUGGUGUAGACGAAUCCCAGAACUUGAUGAUAGGUGUAAAGAAUGAAGUUGAUUAUGAGAAAGUUGGCAGCUACUCAAGACCUGAUGAGGAAAACCCUGAACAAGAUGAUGAUAAUGACAGUUUUGCAACAGCAGCCUCUUCUUUGGAAGAUAUCAUGGUCACUCCAGAAGAAGGUGUCAAAGUCUAUAUUAAUGGUCUGGAGGCCAGCAAAUUGGAUGCAGACGUGCUAGGAGCCAUUGGAGAGAGAGACAUAGAUGGAGCAAAAUACCCACAUGUGUUUCAGUGGUGCCAUCUGAUAUCUUCGUACUCAGAAGCUCAGAGAAACAGUUGGCAGUCUCCAUAUUUCUCCCGUGUUCAUCAUUCAUCAGUCACCUGCUCUGCCCCGUCCAAGUUGUCACAUCCUAACACACCCACAAGAAGUCACACCUCUUGGAUUCCUUCUUCGACUCCUCGUGUUCUUUUCCACAGGGACAAUGAUCAUCAAGAUGCAUCACCUCUUUAAUAUUUAUAAUGUUAUUACCCCUAACAAAAUAAUGUACUGUAUAUGGCAGCCUGUAAGUUGACCUGGCAUAUAAGACGACCUUAAUUUUUUCUAAUGAAAUUGUUGAUCUAGGUCUAUACCUGACAGGUAAGUUGACCCCCUAAACUGCAAUUUGAAAGCUAUGUCCUCAAUGUCAGCUAAACUUACCAACAUUUACUUUUUAACAGUUCUCCCAUGUUCUGGUAUUACUGUACUGUACACUGUGUUGGUAGUAUGCUGCAUCAAGCGAAUGAAGUCUACGCUCUGUAGUACUUUUAAAAGAUUAAAAUAUUAGUUUAUUUAUAACUAAAGCAAUACAAAAUAAAAGUUGCUUAAACGUAGAGUAAAUAUUGGAUUGCCAAUUUAAAACAUUCAAUUAACAGCACUGUACUUUAUACUAUCAACGAUAGUAUACAGUACUGUGUUGGCAGUAUGCAGCAACAAGCAAAUGAAGACUACUCUCUCUGGGACAGUACAGCACAGUACUGGUAAAUGAUUAAAAUAUUAAUUUAUUUAUAACUAAAACAAUAUACUGUAUACAGAACUGUACAUAUACCGUAUUUGCCGGCGUAUAAGACGCAUUUUUUUUGUAAAUGUAUCACAAAUUACCCUGCGUCUAAUGCGCCCAUAUUACGGAUUGGAGGCCGAGCGCUGUAGGCGGAGGUGCCUAGCUAGGGAGUCUGGGACAAGCAGUAGUCCACUAAGCUUAAAAAUUGUGUUACUAAUAAUAUUACUAAUAAUAAAAUACUGAAAAACAAGCCAAAUUAUCACAAUCUAUUAUCACAAACUUAUGGCAAAUUUGCCAAAGACGUAAAUAAUGGCUUACAUUGGCUUAACGGCAGAGGGAAGCUCACAACAUCUCACUGUACCUCCUUCCCUAGCGGACGUAACCCACACCAGAUACAUGUCUUACAUUAUUGAAAGACUGUAUUACCUUUAAGAAACAUUUGUUUAUUAUCUUAAUAAAAAAUGCCCCUAGAAAGAUUAAAAAAAAAUUUAAACAAAAAGUUCAGCCGCCAGUCAGCCAUUUGCAAUGAGUAGGUGACGCUAAAACAAUAGCGAUGGUGCUACACCCUGGUGGUAGAGUGCGGCAACACAAAACAUCACAGCUAAAAAUACGAGUUUCACAUCCUGACCAAAAUAUAAACAAGCCACACAGCUGCUUUGAUCAGAGGUAUAGUUGGGUUAGUAUAAUGUUACUAUACAGGUGCUCCUCUACUUAAGAAUGUUCAACUUACAAACUUUCAGAGAUACAAACAUCAUCACUGAGGGGGGAUUACCUGCCAGAACAGGUGUUUAACGUGGACGAGACUAAAUUAUUUU